UGAAAUUUUAUAUCAACAUAAAAUUAAAGAAGUUAUUCAGUCUGAUCAACAAGUAAAAAGACUUCAUAUCGCAACUCUAAUUGUUUCUGAUGAUUCUAAUGAAUUUAUGAAGGAUUAUCAAACUAAUGGUGAAGAAAAUUUAGUAGUAAGUGAUAAUGAUGAUGUGGAAGAUAAUAAUGAUAAGUUUAUAGAAUUAAAUACUGAAGAAA